UGUGAUAACAGUGUGCUGUCCACAUGGCCCAGACAGAACGUCAACGUUAGCCUUAGCUAGAACAAAAUUAACACUUAGUCUAUAAUUUUUACUGUUUAUUCUAACCAUGGCGGGAGGACCUGACCAGAAAACCGUCUUGUCAAAAAAUGUCCUCCAAAUGAAGUUUAUGCAGAGAAGUGCAUUACGUAUAGAGAAAGAACUAAAUGAGGAAGAAAAUAAAGACAUUGAUGACGAACAUUGGGUUUUGGACCUACCAGCCACACAGAAACUAGAAAAUAAUUACAUGUUUGAACCAAGCCUUGUGAGAAUUGAAAGUCUUCAGUUCGGCAGGAUGUCUUUCUGCGGCUUCAACCCAGAAAUAGAGAAACUGAUGAAACGUCAUAACACCAAAGUAGAGCUUGAUGCAGCAGAGGUGAAGGAGAUGGAGUUAAGUGUGCAGGAAGAUGAAAUGGCAAACAGGUACCAAUCAUUAUUUGGCACGAUAGCUAAGAAAUUCAGCAGCAAAAGAGACCGUGGUCAAAUAGAAGAAAAGUUUUCCAAUUCUGAGGAAAAUCCUCCGAAAUCUAAAAAACAUCGAAAAUUCAUCAAACCUGCCGACGAUGACUGAUGUCAUGUAUUAGUGUUUGGAUAUACACUUAUUAGAUCUCACACCGCCAAAUAGGUGAUGCAGUUGCCUGACCAGAAGCCGAGAUCUAUGGAACCUGUUACACUGCCUUUAAGUUUGUCUGGAAAAUCCUUAUCAUGAAUGUGGUACAACUUUUUUUUCUGCAUGUUUAAUUUGCAUAAGGAUAUUAAUUAUUGUUUAAAUAUAGUGUAAGCAUGGUUACAUGUAUUCUGGCUAAAUGUAAGGGCUAUGUAGAUAUGUACAGUGAGGCCUCCUCCAGUAACUGACCAACAGAAACCUUUAAAUCACCAAGAUGUUUGUGAAAGUGUAAAUGGACUUAGGAAUGAGAUCUUAUUAACUUGAUCAGGGAUAUUUCACUGUGUGGAUAUGAAAGUAAGUCAUUAAUGCUGUCUAAGGCCAAAUCAGAGUAUUAUUAGUUUCCUGCUAUAUGACCAGAAACAAUAGGAGUGAUCUGUUGGCAAAUUAAUAAAGCGUGGGUUUUUUUAAAAAAAAAAUAUUCUCACAAUAUUGAUAACUGUAAUGGGUUCAUAAUUAUUUCAGUAGAUUUUUUUGUAUACUUGAUAUCAUAUGCAGACAUUCUAUACACAAUUUAAAAGAUAUGUCAUUGAUCUUCAUGGUAAUGAAAUUGAUUAAAAAAUAAAGAUGUUAAAUAUUGAAAACAAACCUGCUAGAGAAUCCAUUUUCCAUGAUUGACUUUGGUUUUGUGUUCAGAUAGACUCCAUUAUGGGAUUUAUUUCAGGACCAAAAAGGUGAAUGGCCGAACUUUCUGAGGGUAUCAAGAGCAUAUUAUAAAUAUUAUAUAUCGGCAAUUAAAACUCAUUUCACACUUGUUGACCACACACAGUUUACUAGACACUUCUUUUUGUUAUGGGUUUGGUCUAUUUUUUAUCUACAGCCCAAACUAAGAAAUUACAAAAUCAAGAAAAAUGGAUUGUUUGAGAUUAACAAAAAUACAAAGGAGGAAACCCAGUUUUACCGUUACCUAGAAUGCCAUAAAAUGUUUUAUGGUUUGCAUUAAAAAUAGGUAGGCAUGUUUUGUCAGGUAGCAGGAAAACAGACUAUUUAGUUUUGGCCUUAGUCCAGAGAUUUGUUAUAUUUAUGUCUGUAAGCAUUGUGAAGAUGAAGAGGAAUGUACAUGUGUGAUGGUUGAUUGUCAUAUUUAUCUUUCAUUGGUAAAACUUUUUAACAAAGAUUAAUUGGUUAAUUUUUGGUGAUGAUUUUUAAACUGUUUUACCUGUUAUGUUUUAAACAAAAUGUUUCGGGGUAAUUAUAAUCUGCUAUUGGCUAUCAAAGUGUGAAUGUCGUUAAAUCGUUAAAGAAAGAAAAUUAUUUUGGUAAUUUUAGAGUAUUAAAUAUUCUACUCAUACAUGUCAGCGAAUAUAACUGUUUAUGAUAUAUAUAUAUAAAUUUAUGUAUAAAUAUUACAUACAUUGUAUACUAUGAAUAUGCGAAUGAAAUUACAAUUUAAUAUGCGAAUGAAAUUACAAUUUA